GCCAUUUUGAAUUGGCUGAGGGUCGGAGGCGCCGGGUGCUGAGCAGGGUUCCGCGUCUCCCGAGGGAGAGCCCGCGAGGAAGGAGCGGAUAUGGCCGCCAAUAGGAACUUGAAGCAAGUGCGGAUUGAAAACAGCUCCCCAGCUGCGCCGCUGGGCAUGGUGGGGGGUGGUGGCGGCGGCAGCAGCAGCAGCAGCAACCUGAAGGGAUUGCGCGGCCUAGAAGCGGAGAGUGAGGCGGCGGCGGCCAUGGCUUUGGCGCCGAGCAAAGAAGGUGGCGGAGAUGAGGAGCAGGAGGUUGGUUUCACCAUAGAUAUCAAGAGCUUUCUCAAACCUGGCGAGAAGAGCUAUACGCAGCGCUGUCGUCUCUUCGUGGGGAAUCUGCCUACUGAUAUCACCGAGGAGGAUUUCAAGCGCCUUUUCGAGCGCUACGGGGAGCCCAGCGAGGUCUUCAUCAAUCGGGAUCGUGGCUUCGGCUUCAUCCGCCUGGAAUCUAGGACCCUGGCUGAAAUAGCAAAGGCAGAACUUGAUGGUACUAUUUUGAAGAGCAGACCACUUCGAAUUCGAUUUGCUACACAUGGAGCUGCCUUAACUGUGAAGAAUCUGUCGCCUGUGGUUUCCAAUGAGCUGCUGGAACAAGCGUUCUCACAAUUUGGGCCAGUGGAAAGAGCGGUUGUUGUAGUAGAUGAUCGUGGCAGAGCUACAGGGAAAGGUUUCGUAGAGUUUGCAGCAAAACCUCCAGCACGGAAAGCUCUAGAAAGAUGCAGUGAUGGGGCAUUCUUGCUAACAACAACACCUCGACCAGUUGUUGUAGAACCAAUGGAGCAAUUUGAUGAUGAGGAUGGACUCCCAGAGAAGCUAAUGCAAAAAACACAACAGUACCACAAGGAAAGAGAACAGCCUCCACGCUUUGCUCAGCCUGGAACGUUUGAGUUUGAGUAUGCUUCRCGGUGGAAGGCUCUUGAUGAGAUGGAAAAGCAACAGCGUGAACAGGUUGACAGGAACAUUAGAGAAGCCAAAGAGAAACUAGAGGCAGAAAUGGAAGCAGCUAGACAUGAGCAUCAGCUAAUGCUGAUGAGGCAAGAUCUCAUGCGUCGUCAAGAGGAAUUGAGGCGUUUGGAAGAACUUCGAAACCAAGAACUUCAAAAACGCAAACAGAUACAAUUGAGACAUGAAGAAGAACAUAGACGUCGUGAAGAAGAGAUGCUACGCCAGAGGGAACAGGAAGAAUUACGACGACAGCAAGAGGGAGGAUUUAAGCCCAAUUUCAUGGACAAUAGAGAACAGGAAAUGAGAAUGGGUGAUAUGGGUCCUCGUGGAGCAAUAAACAUGGGAGAUGCGUUUAGCCCAGCACCUGCUGGUAACCAAGGCCCUCCUCCAAUGAUGGGUAUGAAUAUGAACAACAGAGGAACUUUACCUGGCCCUGCAAUGGGUCCUGGUCCUUCCAUGGGACCAGAAGGAGCUGCAAAUAUGGGAACACCAAUGAUGCCAGAUAAUGGAACAGUGCAUAAUGAGAGAUUCCCUCAAGGAGGUCCAUCCCAGAUGGGUUCACCUCUGGUUAGUAGAACGGGCUCUGAAACUCCUCAGCCGCCAAUGAGUGGUGUAGGUGCCGUGAGUGGUGGACCUGGUGGCUUUGGUAGAGGAAACCCAGGGGGCAACUUUGAAGGACCUAACAAGCGUCGCAGAUACUAAAUCUUAACUCAUUCCUUACUGUUUUAGAAAUUCCAGUAAAAUUAUAUGGUGAUAUGCCUUUAUAAUUUUAGCUGUUAUCCUGAAACGGUUCUAUUGUUAUUGUAGUCUUUAAAACAGUUUCUUUUGUAAAACUUUUUUUGUAUUCAGUCAUAGGCUUUGUAGCAUAGAGCAGAAAUGAUGCGGAUCAUUAUGUAAGGCAAUGUGUUUGUGACUGGCAAAAUACAAUGUGUGACUAUGCUGUAAAACGUGCAGUUAUCUGAUUACAAUAAAACAAAAAUCACUGGAAAGGAUUUUGGGAAUGUUAUUACUGAUACCGAGUAAGAAUAAUUUUAUGCUUAAUUAUAAGUGGCAUCAUUUUAAUUUUUACGUAGUGUGUACUAUGUGUCGGGAAAGUUCCUUUCUUAAUAGUGAAUGUUUUGCUAAACUGCAUGGUGCAGUACAUACUAUGAAAAGCUUAAACACAAMUGCUUUUGUUCUGACUUUGGAAGAGCAUAAAAUUUUAUACAAACUAUUCUCAAAGAUACUGUGUCCUUGCAUCUCAAUCCACCAUUGCAAACUUAGUCGCAGUAGGCUUAUCAACAGAGUUUAUCUGUUAGACAAAUUGUUAGAAAAUUUAACUUGGGGAGGGAAAAAAAAACUACUUUGGAAAAGAAUCUCUAUGUAUGCUGUAUUCAUAACAGUAUGAGUGAAUUUACAUAAACUGUAUUUAUAGAGGAGAAAAUUUGUUGUGACAUCUGUGUGUUCUGCUGAUGGUUAAAGUGUCUUGCCAUUGCUAGGAUGGAGACAUUUCUGCACGGUGGUUGAGAGCCUUCCACUGUGUUUGCACAUCACCAUUAAUAAGUAUACAUUUUCCCCAGUGGCUGGUUUGAAUAAAAACAUGUCUGUUAUCAAUAGGGAACUGUUUAAUUAGGAAGCAAAUCCAUGCUUUCCAGUGAAAAUAGGUGUUUGCUUAUAGUUGAGUAAUAUACAUUUAGAAGGAUUGCACAUGAGUAUUCUUCAGAAAGGUUUUACAGAAUGAUGAAUUUGGAAAAUGCCUAUUUGCCACACAGCUCAGGGUAGAUUUGUUUUUAGAUAAAACUGGUAGUAAAGCUGUUAGGAAGCUUAUUGUGAUUCUGCUUUUGUCAGUCCUGGAAGAUGAUGGAAAAGACCUAUUGGUUCUAUUCCUGUAAUGGCAAAUAAGUGGGAUAUUGGUUGGUUACUAUUAUCUUUUUCCUGCAGAAUAGUUGUAAAAUACUGGGUUUUUUUAAAAUCUGUUCACUCAUUUUCAGAGGUAGAAAUUAGUAAAUUUUAUCUUAAUUAAUAGUGAUACUAAAUUGGUUAAAAACUGAUUAGAGAUAACCUGGUGCCCUAAUAACCUUAAAWUGGUAUACAUAGCUCAGCAUGAGAUGCAAGCAGCAGAGGGCAUGUGUGUGUUACUUGUUAAUUUAGCAGUGAUAGUCUUGGUGGCUUGAAUUUUGAGCAAAUGAGUAACAAGCAAAUUGUGGCAUGGUUGGCAUUUUUGAAAUACACUGUUAUUUAAAUUGCCAGUAUUAUAUGGCUUAAGAUCCUCUUUCUAUACAAUUCAGGAGUUAUCUUWUGUAUAGGUCCUCUCUUGUGAUAUCUGUAGCUACUAAGCAUUUUCCUUUAGAUUGUCUUUAAUGUUGCCAUUUUUUGCUUGACUUGAUACAUGCCACGCUUUAUAGUUUCUAAUACAACACUGACUAACGUUUAGAGUCUGAAAUACUCUUUCCCCUUGGUGUAUGUAUCACAUUAUAGUGCUUAUUCUUAAAAUUAACCUCAAUCAAACUACAAAUGGUUUUACUUGACACACUGGUCCUAAACCUCAAGAUUUCAGAAAAUUGCUGKUUUUUUCACUGCUAUAAACUACUGUUUAUAGGAAUUACCUAAGGUCUCUGCUCUAGUGUCCUCCAUUCAGUUGAAAAUGCAGUUUACAUUGAUGUUUUUAGUAAGGUGUUUAAAUAUGAGAUUAGUUUUUUUUCAUUUCUUCUGUCCUUGUAUAUGACUUUUUAGGGGAUUGAGAAAGUAUUGAUGUGAAUUGGUAAUUCUAAACUGUAAAGAUGCACAAAGCUGUACUGUACAGGUUAUAAAUACAAAUUAAACUAGAUUCAAUAGGUUGCUUCAUUUUCUUCAAAGAAAAAGGUUGUGUCAUUCAGACCUUUUAGCUAGCUCCUGUAUAUUUGUUUAGCUAUAUACACUAUCUUCCUUGUAGUAUCUAUAUUUCAGAAGUACAUUAAAUGUACUUAAUCUGCAAAAGUGGUUUAUUCUUUCUAUGCCCACUUCAUGCURCUUUAAGCACGUGUUUGUUGCACUGUGGUUUUAGUAGCAAGUGGAGGGUAUGCAUGUUUUCGAAAGUUAUUGUAGAAUUUAUUUAACAUUAGUGAUUGUCAUUCCACAGUUGUGACCUGCCAUUCCUGUAAACCUGACUUGGAUAGCUCUGCUCCAUGGUGGCAGUGGAUUGUCAGCUGUCCUUACUGCAGUAAAUAAUUUAAUCUGUUUUCAAAUGUCCAUGAACCAAGUCCUAACAAAUAAAUACUGAAAUGUGUACUUUGGGCACAUUCUAAAGAUUUAAUGAAGAAUGCCUUUUGUAUCUGAUGACAUACUGCUAAAUUCAGCUUUCAUUAAAAGCUUUCUUCAGCCUGCCUGGCUGAACUCUAAAGGCAGCGCUUACUGUUUUGUCAGAUGUGGUAGUAACUGAUCCUAGCUGUGCAAUAAACACCUAAUUUUAUUAAGAAAGGAAUGGCCCUCAAUUGUUUCCUAAAAGUGUGUAGUUGUGGCCAACCCGUGUUUUUGCUUUAAGGUUCUGACCUUCAGCUAAAGUGAUUAAUUUUUCUUGUGCCUCAUCUAGAUGAUCUGUUAAUCAUUUUUGUGUGUACACGUGUACUCAAGUUUUGAACUACAUUUGCACUGUUUGACUGGAAAGCACAGUGCAGUCCUGACUCUGCUAUAUGCACUGCUUAAACAAAUAGGCUUGGAAUAUAGAUGAAACUGCCAACUACAGUGCACUUACUUGCGUAAUGUACUUACUGGGCUUUUACAUCAUUCCUGAAAUGUCAUAUUCUUAACUGCCUAACUUUCCCAUGAGAUACAAUUUUAUCACUUAAAGAUAACAAAGCUUUGCUGUUCCAUUUAAGUUAAACACACCAGUACCAGCUUGUCUAAUUAUAUUUGCAUUUGUCAACUCAGUCAUUUGAAGGGGAGCUAUUGGGCACUUGAGAAAUAAAAAAUUCAUUUAGGUUGUUCUGACCRGUGUGUUCAUUAGAUAAAGCUUACUGAUAUCUUGGGAAACUCGGUGGCAAUUCAAAUAUACUUUACUGUAUUUAUUUCCCAAGAAAAGAAUAAAUUACUAUGGGUUACCUAGAAAGAAAAUUCCUGACCUGCAGUUGUUUUAUUUAGUCCACAUAUUUUUAUCCUGUGGAAAAUAAAGAUGUAAGCUGAAGAUUCUUACUAGAACAAAAGGUUAAAAUAGAUGUCAAGAAGACAGUAUGAACUAAGUACURCAUUAAUUUUGUUUUAACCACAAUCCAGUACAGCUUUA